ACUCUCAAACACUUUCUGUCUAUCAUCCAACAGAGUUUUAGCAGCCAUGGAGUCACGUACAAUGGAGCAUCGUAGAGCAAACUACAAGAAUAAGGGUGGCCUGAAGCAAGACGAUCUUAGGCGUCGUCGCGAAGAGCAGCAGGUAGAGAUCAGAAGGCAGAAAAGAGAAGAAAACAUCGCAAAGAGGAGGAACUUCCUUCCUGCUUCUGGGGCAGAUUCAGAUGAAGAGGCUGGCAGCAGCAGCUGGGAACCUCCGCAGCUUGCGGAUGAAAUGAUAUCUGGUGUCUUCUCCGAUGAUGGUGAUCGUCAACAGGAUGCUACGACCAAAUUCCGAAAGCUACUCUCAAAAGAAAGGAAUCCACCGAUCGAAAAGGUCAUCGAAUGUGGCGUCGUACCCCGAUUUGUAGAAUUUUUGCGGACUGGCCACUCGAUGUUACAGUUUGAAGCUGCAUGGGCUCUGACAAACAUCGCAUCCGGUACUGCUGAACACACACAGGUCGUCAUCAACGCUGGAGCUGUCCCAGAAUUCAUUAAUCUCUUGUCCUCUCCUGUUCUCGACGUUCGCGAGCAGGCAGUUUGGGCCCUUGGAAACAUAGCUGGAGACAGCCCACAGUGCAGAGAUUAUGUCCUUCAGCAGGGAGCUUUGAGGCCACUUUUGACUCUAUUAAGCGAGAACCAUAAACUCAGCAUGCUUAGGAAUGCUACUUGGACUUUGAGCAACUUCUGCCGAGGGAAGAACCCUCAACCCGAAUGGGAUUUGAUUUCCCCCGCACUUACAGUCCUGACUAAGUUGAUUUACUCGCUUGACGACGAAAUUCUUAUUGACGCUUGCUGGGCCAUCUCUUACCUCUCUGAUGGCUCUAAUGACAAAAUCCAAGCUGUCAUCGAAUCUGCAGUCUGCAGACGACUGGUCGAUUUGCUUAUGCAUAAUUCGACGUCCGUUCAGACCCCAGCGCUCCGAUCGAUUGGAAACAUCGUCACGGGUGACGAUUUGCAGACUCAGGUAGUCAUCGCUUCUGGCGCUCUUCCGGCUUUGCUUUCUCUAUUGUCUUCCCCUAAGGAAGGCAUCAGGAAAGAGGCUUGCUGGACUAUUUCAAACGUGACUGCUGGAUCACCCCCUCAGAUUCAAUCCGUUAUUGAUGCCAACAUCAUCCCUCCUCUCAUCAACAUAUUAUCACACGCUGAUUUCAAAACACGGAAGGAGGCCUGCUGGGCUAUCUCUAAUGCCACUUCCGGAGGUUUGCAAGAGCCUUCGCAGAUUCGUUAUCUUGUCUCGCAAGGCUGCAUCAAACCCUUGUGCGACUUGCUUACCAUGAUGGACAACAAGAUCAUCCAAGUAGCCCUCGACGGUCUUGACAACAUUCUGAAAGUCGGCGAAAUGGAUAAACAGGCUUCAGGGCCCGGAGCUGUCAAUCAGUAUGCUUUGUAUGUUGAGGAGGCGGGUGGCAUGAUCACGAUCCACAAUUUGCAAUCCCACGACAACCUGGAUAUCUACAAAAAGGCCUUCAACAUCAUGGAUAAAUACUUCCCUGAUGAGGAAGAAGUGGACGCUGCUAUCAGCGCACCCAGUGUCGAUGCUUCCGGUGCCUUUGCUUUCCAUUCUGAUAUCAGUGCUCCACAAGGAGGAUUCAGUUUUGGCCAGCAGUGAUCACCCCAAUAAAGCUUUAUCUUCUUCUUUCCGGUCGAUGUUUAUCGUUUUCCUCCUUUCAUCUUCCACCAACGCUUCAAUGAUGACCCUGCCUGAAUUUCCAUUCCCUUUUUACCUUCACACUACAAGGCUACAUCAGUGUUUGCCUCAUUGUCAUGCCCUUGAAAACAUUACGCAUGUAUUGACUGGCGUCUAACGGACGCAUACAAAGCUCAUGACCCGGAUGUCCUGUGUUAUAACAGAAAGAAAGAAUUAUUGUAACAUGGUGAUGAUAAUACAACUCCAGAAACCGGCCUACGUUUACUUAGAGGACUUUGAUGGGUCUUGUGCAAGUAAAAGCCAUCCUAUCUUUUUUUCGCAGUAUUUAGUACCCUCAUGUGUAGUAUGAAAAAAAUAUGCUCAGAUCUGCAG